AUGGGUCGGCGAAAAAUCGAGAUGAAAAUGGUGAAGGAUAGUGGCUCGAGGCAGGUCACUUUCUCGAAACGCCGCUCAGGGCUAUUCAAGAAAGCGAACGAGCUCGCUACCCUUUGCGCUGCUCAAGUUGCCAUCGUUGUUUUCUCCCCUGGUGGCAAGCCUUACUCAUUUGGGCAUCCAAGCGUUGAGGCGGUGGCAGAGCGGUUUCUAACUCUGAACCUGAGAUCGAGAGUUUCUAUUCCAAGACAACUUGUUGCUCAGCCUCAGAGAGAGGCAAAAGUUGAAAGGCUCAGUCGACGACUUAACGCCAUUCUCAAGAAGCUGCAGGCAGAGAUGAAGCGAGGAGAGAUGCUCGAUGAGGCAGUCAAGGCGGCUCGUAAAAGAUCCAAGUUCCGAAAACCUAUUAAUGAGCUCAAUCUGCAUGAGCUUAUUGAGAUAAGGAAAGCAAUGGGGCAGCUUCGCGAGAGGGUCAAACAGCGAAUAAGCGAGAUUGAAGCAUCAUCUUCUUUGCUGCUCUUGUCCAAAAUGGCUACAAAACAAGCUGAAUCUAAAUAACUUAGUAGUCAAAGUUGCUACAGACACCAUGCCUUUAAAUCUCUCAAUUAAAAAUAUACAAGUAGAUCAUGGUGUGUUCUUGAAUAGAA